UCCAUUUGAAUUAGGAUUGUAGGUUUCAUCUCAUUGUGGAUAUCACUUACAGUCUAUGGAGUUGAUGAACACUGCUAACAUGUCAUAUGAAAAGUCUUGGAGAAGAAAACCUUUGAACACUGUAACGUUUCUGAUAAUCAUGAUGAAUGUCUUCAGUGUUCUUAGCCUCACAUGUCAUCCUGCUGAGUACUUAAUUGACCAAGAAUGCUGUCCAAAGUGUCCUCCUGGAAAUCGAGUUAAAACAGAUUGUACAGAGUUCAGAAGUACAUCCUGUCUGUCCUGUAUUGAUGGAACCUACAUGGAUGGACCAACAGGAAGUAGACAGUGCUUCCCCUGUACAAACUGUGAUUCAGGUUCUGGUUUGAGGAUAAAGACAUCAUGCACAACAUUAUCAAAUACAGUUUGUGAACCUCUGGAUGGAUUCUAUUGUACAGACUCUGAUAAAGACAACAACUGUUUUAGAGCACAGGAACACACACGCUGUGAACCAGGACAAUAUAUCAGACACAAAGGAACGGCCUUCACAGACACUGAGUGCACUGACUGCAGUAGUGACACAUUUUCAGAUGGGACAUCUACAUCUUGUCAGUCACAUACAAAAUGUGAAUCAUUAAAUCUUCAGCUGAUAAAACCAGGAACUGCUUCAACUGAUGCAGAAUGUGGAGAACAUAGUUCAAACACAGCAGUAAUUGUGGGCGCUGUCAUUGGGACACUUGGAUUAGUCACACUUGGGAUAUUUGCAUUUUAA